CAACUCAAGCUCUUCACUUUACUAUUUUUCUCUCUAGAUCUCAAACGCACAGAACUGGAAUCAAUGAACGAUCGAGGAACAAAAUACUGAGAAUAAUCGCUCAAAACACCCAUUUCAAAUGGCAAUACCCACCAAGAUUUCAGCAUUUCUAGCUUUAGCGGUGGCCGCGGCGGUUUGGAGUUGGUCGGCGGAGGUUGUGGAAUCAGCUAUUGGAGUUAACUGGGGGACACUGGCUUCUCAUAGACUAUCCUCUUCAACGGUUGUUAAUCUUCUCAAGAGCAACAAAAUACAGAAGGUGAAACUGUUCGAUGCUGAUUCCCGUGUCCUCCGAUCCUUACUUGGAAGUAAUAUUGAAGUUAUGGUUGGAAUACCCAAUGAGAUGUUAUCUGAAAUCAGCUCUUCUUCUAUCGCUUCUGAUUUGUGGGUCUCGCAGAAUGUUUCUCGUUAUAUUGGUAAAGGAGGAGUUGACAUAAGAUAUGUUGCAGUAGGAAACGAGCCAUUCCUUACAAGCUAUUCAGGACAAUUUCAGUCAUACGUUAUACCUGCACUUACAAAUGUUCAACAAUCACUAGUCAAAGCAAACUUAGCUAACUUGAUUAAGCUAGUCGUUCCCUGUAAUGCCGAUGCUUACCAAGCCACAUUACCUUCUCAAGGAGCCUUCAGACCAGAUCUCACGCAGAUCAUGACCCAACUUGUUUCCUUUCUCAACGCUAACGGUUCUCCAUUUGUAGUCAACAUAUAUCCCUUUUUAAGCCUAAACAGCAACUCAGAUUUCCCCCAAGAUUAUGCCUUUUUCGAGGGCACUACCCAUUCCGUAGCUGAUGGACCAAACGUUUACUACAACGCGUUUGAUGGGAACUAUGACACGCUUGUUUCAGCUCUUACCAAAAUUGGCUCUGGACAAAUGCCAAUAGUGGUUGGGGAAAUCGGUUGGCCAACAGAAGGAGCUAACUCCGCGAAUCUCACAGCUGCUAAAGUUUUCAAUCAAGGACUUGUUAAAAACAUCUUAAGCGGUAAAGGGACACCUUUGAGGCCGGGUAUACCUCCGAUUGAUAUAUAUCUGUUCAGUCUUCUCGAUGAAGGAGCGAAAAGCAUACUUCCAGGGAAUUUCGAGAGACAUUGGGGGAUUUUUUCGUUUGAUGGUCAGGCUAAGUACAGGUUAAACCUAGGAAAUGGGAUGAUUAAGAAUGCUAAAGACGUUUCUUAUCUUCCUUCGAGAUGGUGUGUGGCUGAUCCGUCUAAGGAUUUAGGGGAUGUGUCGAACCAUAUGGGAAUCGCUUGUGGUGCGGCUGACUGCACCACACUUAGCUUUGGGGGAUCGUGUAAUGGAAUUGGUGUGAAGGGGAAUACUUCUUAUGCGUUUAAUAGUUAUUAUCAGAUGAUGAAACAAGAUGAGAAGAGCUGCGAUUUUGAUGGGUUUGGAAUGAUCACUUUUUUGGACCCAUCUAUUGGUGACUGUAGAUUUCUUGUUGGAGUUGAUGAUAGUCAUGCCCAAUCUGGGUUAGUGAGUCAUUGUUGGGCGUAUGUUCUUCGGUUAUCGAUUCUGUGGGGGUUAAUCAUCUUCGCCGUCGGGUGAAAAAGGUUAGUGUUUUAUCGAGUUGUUCUUAUAGAUUUUAUGCUUUCUUUUGUCUUCUAUUUGAAGAUUC